AUGUCUGAACAGCCGAUGGAAGUGUAUGUCGACGACGAGACCAAACUCACACUCCAUGGUCUGCAACAGUAUUACGUGAAGCUAAAGGACACCGAAAAGAAUCGCAAACUCUUUGAGCUCUUGGAUGUCUUGGAAUUCAAUCAGGUGGUCAUAUUUGUGAAGAGCGUCCAGAGAUGCGUGGCUUUGGCUCAGCUUUUGGUCGAACAGAACUUUCCCGCCAUUGCUAUACACAGAGCUAUGACUCAAGAGGACAGGCUGUCGCGUUACCAGCAGUUCAAGGACUUCCACAAACGCAUCCUCGUGGCCACCAAUCUGUUCGGCAGAGGUAUGGACAUCGAGAGAGUGAACAUUGUGUUCAACUACGACAUGCCGGAGGACAGCGACACAUACCUGCAUCGCGUGGCGCGCGCCGGACGCUUCGGCACCAAAGGGCUGGCCAUCACUUUCGUGUCGGACGAG